AUUUCGCUUCCCACCCUUACCGCCCUCACACCAGAGUAGGCAGAUACCACCAAAGAUAACAAUCAAACAUGGCUUAUAGCGCAAUAUGUGUUCGGCAUAGUUAGUGGUCAUAUGUUUGGAAGACCGAUAAGCAAAAUGUGCAGUAUAUGAAUUAAAAUACGAUUUACAAGUACACAAGAACACUUUUGGUCACAAUGUCUGAUCAGACACCACCAAACCCCUUAAGUGAAACUGAUUUUAAGGACCUGAAGGACCGAAUGAAACUCAUAGCUGAUGCUGAUCCUAACCAGUAUCAUAAUGAACUGUCUCUUAAAAGAUACCUGAGGGCAUUUAAGACAGCUGAUGCUGCAUUUCAGGCAAUACUGAAAACGAACAAAUGGAGAAAUGAAUAUGAUGUGGCAUCUCUAACUCAAGACAAUCCUAUUGUUAAGAAACAUAUGGAAGCCAAUAAAGCUAGGGUUUUGAGGCAUCGAGACAUGGUGGGAAGACCUGUUAUCUACAUUCCAGCCAAAAACCAUAAUGCUAAUGACAGGGAUAUUAAUGACCUAACAAAGUUCAUAGUCUACUGCCUUGAAGAAGCGUGUAAGAAAUGUUUUGAAGAGGUUGUGGACAACUUAUGCAUAGUGUUUGACUUGAAGGAAUUUGGAUUGAGCUGUAUGGACUACCAGAUGAUCAAGAAUUUAAUCUGGUUGUUGAGUCGACACUAUCCAGAACGACUUGGCAUAUGCCUUAUACUGAAUGCUCCUGCAUUGUUUUCAGGUUGUUGGGGUAUUAUCAAAGGAUGGCUGGAUGAGAAUACAUCGAGUAAAGUUGUGUUUGUUAAUAGUGAAGAAGAACUGUGCAAGUAUCUUAUACCUGACAUUUUACCAGAUGACAUUUAGAAUCACCAAUUUGUAUUCAUAUGAUGGCUCAUCUUUUUUUUUUUAUGUUGGAUUGCAAAUGUGCAUGAGGUAUAAAUUUGUUCAGUGCAUCUGUUGGACUUUGAAAGGUGCUAUUGAUCAUGACACCACUCUUACUGGAAAUGCUUGAUCAAAUUUGAGUCAGUACUUAAUAUCUUCUGUAUUCUUCAAACAACAAUGAAAAUUGAUUUUUGAAUGUUAUUCAUGUGACUCUGCACUGAAAAAGGGUCACUGUUGUAUGUCUGGUCCUACAUAUCUCAUGUUAAUGGAUGCAUCGUUUAAGUUGUUGAUUCUGUUUUAAUCAAGAAUGGACAUGAUAUGACAGUACACUUGAUUUAUAGUCCAUAUAAAAUAAAGGAUAUGUACAUACAUAUUUGCACAUAUAUUGAAAGUUAGAAAUUUAAAUGUCUAUCAGAAAGAAAUUGUGUAUAGUUGCUUUAUUUAACUGUUAUCUCACUCACUCAUGGAACUGAGCCCUUCUUGAGAAGCUGCCAAUUGCACAGCUACUCAAGAACUUCCCAGAAUAAUUGGCAGGCGUAUGUUAGCUAUGACAGAAGUGGUACUCUUUUUAACUAAGUGCAGCCCCAGCUUUAGAGAAUAACAAAGUGGAUAAUUAGAUGUUUUCUUACAACAGAUUUGAAUUGAUCAUGGAAACUUUUUAUGUUCUAAGAAUAAAAUACUCAUAAAACAUAUGAAAAUUAUUAGAGGUGCUAUAUUGAGGUUCCCGGACUGAG